AUGCGGCCAUGGCUUGCUGUUUUCUUUAUGUUUCAUCGUGAACACAAAGAAGCUGUUCUGCUUGCAGGAUGCGGCCAUGGCUUGUUGGGCAUCUGGGCUCUCAAGAGCGGCGCCUCGGCCGUGGUAUUUCAGGACUUAAACAAGGAUGUGCUCAACUUAGCAACUCGCUGGAACAUCCUGAAGAAUACGGAGAAUGACCGCGUUGGCGUUGCCUUGCAACAGCAGCAUGAGUUGUCUGUUCCCAUUCAUGCCGCCGUUCCCUCGCCUUCAGCCGCCGAACUCGGUGCUACUGGGGCAGCCUCUGCCUCUGUAGAUGUUAUGGGUAACCCAACGCAAGACGAGGGCAACGCACAGAAAAAGGGCGGGGGAAGCUUUACUCUCCUGCACGGCCGCGCCCUUUGCGUGGCAGCGUCCUGGGAAGAGUACCCUAAGAUUUGCUGUUCAUGCCAAUGUGCAAGAACAAAAGCACCGGCAGAGAUGAAAGCAAGCGAAAAUACAAAAACAAAUUCCGAAGAACAGAUAGAGAUGGUGGCAGAGAGCAAUGGGUUGACAGCCCCAGCAGCAACCCCAGACUCAGCAACUGAAACUCUACGCCAGUCCAAGGCACGAGAAAUUCAAUAUAGUUUGAUUUUCUGCUCCGAAGGAACAUACAGAGAGGAAACUUUUGAGCCCCUUGCGGAAAUAUUUAAACGUUUACUUCACAAGGACGGGAUCGCUCUUAUCGCCUCCAAGAGGUAUUAUUUCGGCAUUGGCGGCGGGUCUUUGGCGUUUAUAUCCUUUCUUCGCGAGAAAUACGCCGACUCUCUUUCCGUUGAAGUGGCAGCAUCAUAUAGGGGUGUGAACUCCAACAACUUUAGAGAUGUUUUGCUAAUUAGGAACAAGGGAAAGCCAGAAGAAUAA